AUGGCGAUCGUCUUGAACGAGGGAGAGUUUAGGUAUAUUCUCCGCAUACUCAACACGAAUAUUGAUGGAAAACAAAAAGUGGCGUACGCUCUAACGGCGAUCAAAGGCAUUGGCAGACGGUUUGCGGACUUGGUCUGCAAGAAAGCGGAAGUGGACCUUGGUAAACGCGCCGGGCAGCUCACUGACGAGGAAGUGGAUCGCAUCGUGACGAUUAUUCAGAACCCGCGGCAGUUUAAGAUUCCGGACUGGUUUUUGAACCGGAGGAAGGACAUCCGGGACGGCAAGUACCAACAGCUUGUGUCGAACAACUUGGACUUCAAGCUGCGCGAGGAUCUCGAUCGUAUGCGAAAGGUCCGGCUUCAUCGAGGCUUGAGGCACUUUUGGGGAAUUCGUGUGCGAGGUCAGAAGACCAAGACAACCGGCAGACAUGGCAAGACCGUAGGUGUAUCCAAGACUCGAGCGUAG